AAAAGUCAGGAUGCUGACUUGAAUCAGUCCAUUUUAAAAGGAUGCACGGAAUGCAAAUGCACUUUCCGUUUACGAGUUAAAAUCGCAUGUGAAUGUGUUUGCUUACCAGUUUCCGUAGAAAUUGAUAAAUCCAACUGUCGAGUAAACGAGUAAUAAUAAUCAAAAUCACCAUAAUUAACACAGCAAACUAAUUAAAAUAAGAGCAGAAUAGACGGGACCUAGUUACGCGCUUCUUACGCUCGCACGUACUGAAGUUAGUUACGAAGAAUUGAGCGAAGCUACGUUCGUUUUGAACAACGAAUAUAUUAGAAAUGGCGACUACCGCUAAUUACGGUUUUUCUCAGGACGGAGAAAAUUUUGCACAAUGUGGAAACGAUGGAAAGUUGAAAAUCUGGGACACCGGCACAAGUCGUUUGAAACAGGAAUACGUUUCUAAUUUCCAUUUGUCAUCUCCGUGCUGUGUUCUAACCUGGCUCCACGUCAGUUCCCGGGCAACAAAUACAUCGCCAGUACCAUGGAAGAAACGCAGGAGGAAGUCGAUUUCGGAAGAACCCAGCCAAAAGAAUAUUAUCGCCAUGGGCUCCACAAGUGGAAAAGUUACACUUUACGAUACAACGACUUCCUCUGUCACCGCCCAAUUAGAUGGUCAUUCUGGUACAGUGACUGCACUGACGUGGUCUGAAAAUGCUGGUUUAUUCUCAGCAGCAGAUGACCAUCACAUCAUUCAAUGGAGCAUCCAAGAACAUGGAAUGAAGAGUAGAUGGAAAUAUGGAAAAGGGAAGACUACAUCCUUGGUAGUCACCGACGAUGGGAAGAGUUUAUUGUCAGGGGAGAGAGUUGUCAAAUGGUGGAAUUUAGAUACAAAACAUUUGAUCAAAACGUUCAUAGGCCAUGCUCAUCAAGUUACCUCCCUUUGUACAAUUAAAACUAGUGGUGAUAACUAUGUUAUUAGCGGUGCUAGCAGCGAUGGCUAUCUCAAUGUCUGGGCAUUAGACGAACAAAGAAACGAGAGAACUCCUGUGGCAAGUUUGGCUAUACAAGAUGACCCGAUAAGUGUUUCCGCGAAUGUCUUGGAGAACUCUCAAGUAAUGGUGCUCGUAGUAACAAGGUCUGGGCAGGCACACUUGUUUCAGUACCAGCUAAACGGUCGGUCAAAGCCUUUGAAGCCUAGUUUGAACAUCGCAGUGGCUUCUGACGUAAGCCAAAAGGACAGUGUCCAGCAGAUCUCUAUCUUAAAUGGCAGAUUGACGGACGACCAAAAGUUGUUGCUAGUAUAUGGAACUUACAUUAAUCCCGUUUUCGAAAAAGUGAUACCAGAUUUCUCUGAUAAAGUUCAAUGCCUGGUGCGUUCAGAAUUCAGGAAAGGCAAAGACAGAAAGGAAGAGAUUUCUAAAGUGAAGUCCGUUAUAAUCGAGGAGAAUAAUGUUGAAUAUCUUACACCAGGGAUUAUGGAAACUACGCCGAAAAGGAUUAAGAACACUUCUGGUUCAGGAUCGCAGUUAUUGUUGAAAGACAGAUUGGAAAACUUGAGCUUAAACGCUGAAAGCGAUGACACAGGAAAAACUAUUAGCAAAGGUAGCAAUAGAGUACAGCUUUUGAUACAAGGCUUGAAUAGUAAAGAUAAGACUAUCUUAAACAAUGUUUUCCUUACAAAGAACGAGUCUAUUAUUAGGAAUACUAUUGCUAAGCUGCCGAUACAGGCAAUCGGGCCUCUUGUUAAAGAACUCACUCUUCUGCUUCAAGGGAAAACUUUCACGAGUAAAAUUGCUGUACGAUGGCUGGAAGCAUUAUUAACAGCUCACGCGGGAUACUUUCUAGCACAAGCUGAUCUCGUUGACGUGUUCGGGCCAAUUUUAAGUUUAAUAGACGCGAAGCUAGCACUCUUGACAGAGCUCUCAAAAUUGAAAGGUCGAGUCUCUCUAGUCACUGGUCAAAUUUCUCAAACAGUGAACGAACAGGAUAAAGAUAUUGCAGACACUUGUCUCGUUUAUCAAGAUUCUGAGUCGUCGGAUGAAGAUGCCGCGCUCGAGGUCGAAGAUUUGGAAAGCGAAUCUGACGAGAGUUGGGAGGAGAUGUCAAACCUUGAAGAGCAAGAAGGCCAGGAGGAUCAACAAGAGAAUAAUGACGAAGAGUUUGAAGUUAGGAGUGUGAAUUCGAGUAAUACGGAUGACGAAUCUAUGUCCUAAGCUAAACAGAUGAAUUCCCGAAUGGGAACAAUGUGGAAAAGAGAUAAAUGCUUAAAAUUGAAAUAAAUUACUUUUCUACAGAUA